CUGUGAUUGAGUUCUAUAUCCCGUUAAGUAAAAUAAUCAUCUUAAGUAAAGUGGUGAUUAAACUUGAGUGGUGAUUAGUGGGGUGUGAUAAGAGUGGCAUUCGAGACGAGGAGGCGUUUAGUCACUGUCAAAAUGGCGUUCGCAGCUGCUCGCAUGAUAUUGAAGGAUAAGCGACGGAAGGCAUCAAAGGAAGACUUCAGAGAUCCAAGGAACAGAAGCAAGGCUCGGAGCGCAAGCACCAGUAGCUUUAGGAGUGUAAGUCAGGCGCGGAACAAGCCGGCAGAUGGUGGUGGUCACGUGAACCAGAAGAACGCGGCCGGACAGAAAGCAACACCGCCCUGUCAAAAAGGCGGUCCGAAAACCCCCGUGAAGCCGUCAGCGAACAAGGGCGCGGCAAAGACAGCGCCACCAAAGCAGGCGGCGGCGGCGGCGGCAGUCAAAACUCCUCAGGGGAAGAAGAAGAAAGGGCACAAGCACCAGCAGUACGAGCUGAUAGUCACCAUUAAUCUGUCGGAAUAUGGCCUCACGGAAGAACAAGUUGCAGAAUUCAAGGAAGCCUUCAUGCUGUUCGAUAAGGAUGAAGAUGGCACGAUCACGAUGGCCGAGCUUGGAGUCGUCAUGCGAUCGCUGGGACAAAGACCAUCAGAGACGGAGCUCCGAGACAUGGUGAAGGAGGUGGACCAGGACGGCAACGGUACCAUCGAGUUCAAUGAGUUCCUCCAAAUGAUGUCCAAGAAGAUGCGCGGGGCUGAUGGAGAAGACGAGCUCAGAGAGGCUUUCAGGGUAUUCGACAAGAACAACGACGGUCUGAUAUCGUCGGUGGAGUUGCGCCACGUGAUGACGAACCUGGGCGAGCGGCUCAGCGAGGAGGAGGUCGACGACAUGAUCCGCGAGGCCGACCUCGACGGGGACGGCAUGGUCAACUACGACGAGUUCGUGACAAUACUGACGUCGAAAAACUAGUAUGCAGACCACAGGCCGAAGAGAGAACCUCCCGGAAGCCAGUGCCCCUACUCGUACCUCCAGCGGUACGGAGGGAAAGAAACUCUGAUCUAGAAAUAUAGACGUGUUGCUAAAGUGGAUCUUUUUAUAGAACGCGCUUGGUGGCAGUGUAUACGUACCCUUAUUUCAGUUACCGCGCACAUUACCAACACCGCGACUAAAAAUCGCAGCUGCGAUUAGUCGCGCAUGCGACAAGUCGCAGCGAUUUUUUUGUCGCAACAGUGAAGUUUCGCGUCUGAUGAUUUGUCGGUGUUCCUGUAAAUUUUAUCGAUGAUUUAUGAGUUUUUCGCAAAUGUUUCAAAUUAAAAUAAAAGCGACGAUUUUCAACAGAUUUUCUCGCGAUUUAUUAUUAAAAAUUUACAAUUACGACAAAUUUUAAGCACAACGUUGACAGAUAUACGAAAAGUCUCUUCAUUUGUAGACAAAAUCCGUUGAAAAUAGUCGAAUUUUACUGCGACAAAUUAGUCGCACCUAGUCAAUAUCGGUGAGAGCGAUUGACAUUUUAUAAGUGUAGUACUGAUUAGUGAGUCGGUGUGUGUAUUAGUAUUUUGUGUUUAUGCCUGCAAGUGUUUAAGGCCUUAAUAAAUGUAUGUGCGAACAAAAAUAAUGAACUAAUGAUGAUAAGCGCUUGAUAUUAGUCUAAAAAUAAAUAUAAACAAAAUAAUUGAGGGCUACCAAAUGUUUACAAAA